GUUCUGCAGUUAGUAAACAUGGCGGCUUCGGGAAGCAGCCCACUGCACUCCCAAAUACCAGUUAUGGAGAAACUAAAGUGGAAACCGUUAUCUCUAACGCUUGUCGAAUAUCCUGAAGGUGACUUGAUUGGUCAGCUUUUCGCACUAGUGAGUUUAACACCCUUCGCUAUACUUGCGGGUUUUAUCACACUUAUGCUGUUCCGAAGAGAUCUACAUACAAUUGCAUUUUUCCUUGGGAUAAUUUUAAAUGAAUUAGUCAACUUUUUAUUGAAAAAUUGGUUCUGUGAGCCUCGUCCAUUAGUAAGAAAUGUGACUUACCAAGAAUAUGGGAUGCCCUCAUCACAUUCCCAAUUUAUGUGGUUCUUUGCUACAUAUUGUGCUUUGUUUGUGAUAAUCAGGCUCACGCACACUAAUAAUCAUUAUCAUAUGGAGUGGUUGUGGAAAGGGUUGUUAUUGUUUGUGACAAAUUCAUUUGCUUCCUGUGUCUGUAUCAGCCGAGUUUACCUUCAAUACCAUACUUGGACCCAAGUUUUUGGGGGUGCCAUUGUUGGAGGCACUCUUGGCACCAUCUGGUUUACUCUAGUCACCUGUGUUUUUAGUCCUUUUUUCCCUACUAUAGCUUCCUGGAGGAUAUCUGAACUUUUGUUGAUACGUGAUUCAUCACUCAUCCCCAAUGUGCUCUGGUUCGAGUACACAAACAUUCGUCAAGAGGCUCGUGCACGCAGCCGCAAACUAGUGUCUAUGAAGAGUCAAUGACACCUGCUGGGUGGGGCGCCACUGAGAUAUUCCAGAGUUGAUGAAUGGACGUCCCUCAUUAAAUAUUUCUUCCAGCGCAAGUAAUGUGUGUUAAUGUUUGCGACAAAAUGCACAAAAUUGUGCUACUACUGUUGAGUGUUGGUUGUACCAAAAUUUUCAUUCUAGAACUCAUCAAACAGCACAAUUGCUGUCUUAAAUGUUAAACAAGACUUUUUUGAAAAUUUUAAAUCCUGCCAGAGCGCUUAGGGAUCUUUACUCACAUUUAUAAUCUUUUUACUAGUCCUGGUAUUUAAGAUAUAUUUAAAUCUGAUUAAGACUAAGUACUGUUAGGCUGCACUUUACACAUUUUCUCGACUUGCAGUUCUUGUGUCAAUGAUUCUCAGCAUAUUGACUUCUAGAUCUUGACUUUGCCUCAUCUCACUGAACUCUCAUGAGAACAACUAGUUUGCUCUGUCAAUUAAUUUAAUUGGAGGAUGACCUGUAUGAUCAAAAUUGUUGAAAAUUUGAAUAAUCAUGUGUAAAAAUGAUAAAGUUUUAGACAAUGCAAUAUGUUUUUAUGCCCCUUUCAGACAGUUGUAAUAUAUAUACUUUUGUAUGUCUCCACCCAACAAUGUUUGUAAGAGUUGUGUAAGUCUCAUGUAUUUUGGAAUCUUUUUCUCUAGGUAUAUUUGUGUAUGCCACCUUGUAAUCCUUCCUCUUUGGCAUUUAUAUGGUUUGCAUGUACCAAGAAAUUAAGUGUUCCCCUCAGACCAGUUUAGACACAUUUUCUAGUUAUUGAGUGGACAGACAUGAGCAAAAUGUUAUCAAAAGAGCCCAAUUUUCCCCCUGUUUGGAGUCUUAGCUGCUUAAUGGCUACUCUGUUGGUAGUAUGGUUUUGUAUCUUGUAGCUUACAAAUAUUUAAGACUGUAAUCUUUCUAAAUAUCUUUGUCUGUCUUUGAUUUCUGAGUUCCCUGUCAUUGUUGCAAUAUGAAGGCCCCAAAAUCUCUGCUUGAUUUGUGACAUUAAUUAUUCUGCUCAAACUCUUGAUGGAUUCCAACCUUUGAACUGUCGCAACCAUGUCUAAGCAAACUGUUUGACUGAAAACACUAUCUACUACUGCUUUACUUUGACAUUUGGUUCUGUCCAAGGGCUCCAUGAAUAUUGUCACAUUGGCUACUUUUGUUGUUAUUAUUAAAUCAAAUUUCUUUGGGGUGUCUUAUUGCAGCUCAUUGCCUGAAAGACUGACUAUUGAUUGCAAUGACAGGUUUAUUAGAAGUCAACAGAAGUCAAUGCUACUGAUCAUCACAGUGUAAACUGAAGUUGAAUGUUUCACUAUUGACAAUAAUAAAUGUUUCAGAUACAUUUAGCAUGUCACUGUUUUUGUCUAUUUCUGUACCAUUUUGAUGAGAAGCUUAUGAGUAACACUGAGUUGUUAGCACUGGAAAUAUGCUCGAACUAUUUUGGUCAUUUAGUACUGCUACACAAGUGUUACUGAAACGCUCAACUUUAAAGUGGUCACUCACAGCCACAGCUAGACGCAUCUCUACAAACAUUUAAAUAUUCCCUCUAAUUUCUAAUUUCGUGAGUGCGUUUUUGAUGACCUUAAUGAAUGCCAAAUAUGAUGUAACUUGUUAUGAUCUUCCACUUUCUAUGGUGAUUUGUAAUAUUUUUAAUUUAAUUUUCUUCCAUAAAGUGUUUUACUGUUAUAAAUUUCCAUAAUUUUAAAUUUUGGUGUGAUGUUUUAAUGAAGAAGAUGAAAAAGUAUGUAAAGCUUUGAUGUCUAUGUUGUCUAUGCAAAUUAAGCACUGCCCCAAAAAAAAUUUUUCUCUGUAAAUCUCUGCAAGUUCUUGAACAAAAUGUUCCAGGCUUAAACUUGUACGCACAAAAAUUACAAUACUAUAGUGACUGAGUUCAGACAGUAUUUAGUGAACUAUUUUGAGAGAAAUAGCAAAAAGUGUAUCAUGUUCAUAUUUUCUACAUCUCUCAUUUAAGAUUUUUACAAGUGUGAGAUUUUUCUGUCUGGUUAUUUUACUCUUUACGAGAUAAAUAGGAGUCCUCUUCCAAAUCAGGUGUACUGUAGGUGUUUUGUAGCAGAUAAUCGCUCACUUAUUCAGUGUCUUUAUUUCCUUCCAGUUUAUCUGGAAGAAAACAUGUGCACUGAUAGAUGUUUGGAAAUCAAAGAUCUCAUCUAGGCUUCAAUAUUUUCUCUUGUGAUUAAUGUGGGAAAACUACCUAGUUUAUUGUGAUCAUUUCACUCUUGUGCUUUCCUGUGGGUGCAUAAUUAGUCUAGAUAGCCUGCCUCAGUUUAGAAUUAUCUUCAUUUUUGCUCUGGGACAAAUACUGUACAUAAACCUGCCUCAACACAUGUAUUCUCUGUGAUCCUUUCGCAUAAUUUAAAUUCUACAUAGGAUGUAAACUAGUCUUUGUGCACUACUCUGGUGAAAAUAUAAAGAAACAGUUACAGCAAACUGCCAUUGGAAAUUCUGUGAACAAGGGCAAUGUCCACUUGACACCUUGCACUUAACAUCCACCUUUUAUUUUCCCCAGGGUAUUAUAUUUGAAUUGUUAAAAUUAAUCUUUAAUCGUGUCAUAAUAUAGCAAAGCACUAAAGUUUCUAAUUAAGUUGUGUCGACUAAUCACCUGCAACGUAGUAUUCUGAAAGAAAGGGACAUUUUAAAAAUGAUAAAGAUCUGAUGAAACAACCU